AUGGCUACCAUGGAGGAUCUACCAACGGAACUAAUAGACCAUCUUUGUCGCUUUGUCGACCGAUCAUCAUUGAAGAGCUUCCGUCUUCUUUGUAAAACAUAUGCCGACGUCGCACAGAAGCAUCUCUUUCACAAUCUUGAAUUUCACUUAUAUCCCAGCAGUCGCCGCUUCUAUCAGCUCGAGCAACUGGCUUCCAAUAAAUCCAUAGCACCAUAUCUGAGGGGCAUUUCUUUCCAGUCCGGGGUUCCACUUGAAUACGCAGAUUAUAGAUACUGGCAGGCACAGGUCUAUCACGAUAUCAGCAGUGCUUGGUCAAGGGAUAACGCCGCCAAUGGCCUCUCGAAGUCGGACUAUUCCCAGUUUCACGAGUCUCUCCAAGCCAGGUUCCCUCCUGAUUUUUCCUCUCGGUAUGAUCUGUACAGGUGGCACCUUGACCAACAAGCUGCAGCUAUGGCAGAUCAACGGGUUCGAGAUAGUCUGAUACGAACAUUGAAUUCUCUCAGCCACUCAACUUCGGAUGUAAAGUUCAGAAUCAUCAUGAGUGAACCCCAGAUCCGACUUGAAGAGCUCGAAGACUUUGACCCCGAAGAGUACGCAAUGGAUCGACCAUUUGAUCCGGACGCACGACGAAGAGUAUACAAUCGCAGGAAGAACUGUCUGUCUCAAUUCACGAACUUUCUCGAGGCGGCACACGCGUCUCGAUGCCCUUUGAUUCAUCUCGUAGCAGUCGAUUUGCCACAUGAAAUGCUGCACAGACCUCGCCACAACCAGGAAUCAAUCUUGGAUGAUAUUUUUGCCCACCUGAAGACUCUCAACCUCAAGAUUGGAAGUCUCCCACAUAGCGACCAGCUGUCGCGUGAGGGUCUCAAUGAUCAGGUCUAUGCUCGUGGCAGAAAUCAAUCAGCAUGGAGAUUGAAAUCACUCCUGAACAAGGCCACAGAGCUCGAAGAGCUUACUCUCGAACUUCUGCAUGGCAAGGAAGCCGAGUAUUCUUUCGAGCUGUUUGACAGAACGAAUAUCGAUCGAUUCCCUCAACUUUGGGUCCCCCAUCUUAAGUCUCUCUCAUUGUCUCGCUUCCACUGUCGAUGGGGAGAUCUGAAGGCACUCCUUGAUCAAGGGGUCAACAUCCGUGGUCUCACAUUGAGAGAUUGUCGGAUGGAGACUCGCUCUAUGUUAGAUGUGCUUCAAUAUCUCUCCAAGCGGCGGUUUGACAGUAUUUCGGUCCUCGGAACGUGGCAAGUCGAUGAAGACCAGGGCGAGUGGCACUGGCAUAGCCCAGAUGACUUCACCAGCUGCUCUGCGGCAACAUCUUAUGAAGGACCUUACGCUAUUGCAGGGAUGAAGUCGACCUUGGAAAAUUAUAUGCUCUCAGGUGGUGAAUGUCCAUUGCCUGUCUGGACUACGACUAAUCGAGCAGAGGACACGUGGGAGAUGCUCGGUGAUACAUCGUUCCAUUAUCUUCCAGGACCGCUACGAACAUAA